GUGCUCUCAUUGGCUGGGACCAGACACUUCCGGAAGCAGUGCUCGGCCCCGCCCCUCCCACUUUCUGCAAGCCAGCCUUCCUGCUGUCCCAGCACCACGACCUGUACUAGUAAUUUCGGGCUCUUGAGCUCCAUUCUGGGACGAUCACCGGCGCUUGGUUUAGUGUCUUUGGAUCGCAGCUUGAAGGGCAGCUCCCUGCUCAUCGCAGUCAACAUGAACAUCCGCAAUGCCCGGCCAGACGACUUGAUGAACAUGCAGCACUGCAACCUCCUCUGCCUGCCCGAGAACUACCAGAUGAAGUAUUACUUCUACCACGGUCUCUCCUGGCCACAACUCUCCUACAUCGCCGAAGACGAGGAUGGAAAGGUCGUGGGCUAUGUCCUGGCCAAAAUGGAGGAGGACCCUAACGAUGUCGCCCAUGGGCAUAUCACCUCGCUGGCCGUAAAGCGCUCACACCGGCGCCUUGGCCUGGCACAGAAGCUGAUGGACCAGGCCUCGCGGGCCAUGGUGGAGAACUUCGGUGCCAGGUACGUGUCCCUGCACGUCAGGAAGAGUAACCGGGCGGCCUUGCACCUCUACUCUCACACCCUCAACUUCCAGGUCAAUGAGGUGGAGCCCAGAUACUAUGCGGAUGGGGAGGAUGCUUAUGCGAUGAGGCGGGAUCUCUCACAGAUGGCAGGUGAGCUGAGACGGCAGCUGGAGCUGAAGAAGGGCGGGCAUGUGGUACUGGGCUCCGGGGAAAACCAGGAGACCCACAGCGGCAUAUUUCCGGAUUCGGAGAAGACCUGCCAGCAAGAGAGCCCAGCUGCCACAGAUAGUGGCAGUGACACCAAGGAAUCCAGCGAAUCCACUGAGAGCACUGAUGUCCAAGACAGCUCAGAAGACUUGGAUUCCAUCUCCUAAAGUCUGCUUGAGCAUUUGUGGUCCUCAUAUCAACUACAUGUACUCCCUGAUCCUAGGCUGGUCUUUCUUCUAUGCAGUAUCUGCUCUCCAGUCAUCUCACAGUAACACAGGUGGCCUCUUAUGUUCAGCUCUCAGCAACAGCUUUCCACGUACCUUACCAGGCUAGUGAUGAAAUCUCUUGACACCAGAACCUGCUGGGCAACAGCCAAGGACACUUGAGGCCACCUGCCUUACCGAGCCGUGGUCUGCCCUUAUAUUCUGUUUGUAACAAUCCUAUGUUGGCUGUGGUUUUCCUGCAAGGUUGUCACCUACAAUCCUAAACAGGAAGCCGGGAAAAUUCUUGAAGCUCUCAGCUCUGUUAUUGUCAUUAUUCCUCUGAAUUUUCAUCCUUGAGAGAGAAUAGUCUGGACCAUCAAGUUAGACUUCAUAGCUCAUUCCCCACUUUCCUGGUAGAAGUAUGCAUCCAACUUCCUGUCUCUGAACCCUCCCUUUGUCCUAAGCUUUCCCUUUUUUAAGGGGUAUUGUCCCCUUCCCAAGGGGAGAAAAUGGUAAGUAAGGGUUUCACUUUCUAGGCAGAAUUUGAGAUUUUAAGAUAAAGAUGAUCUAGAAUUAGAAUGAUUUACCUGGGUUAAUUUUUUGGUUUUUGUGGAGUUUUUUUGUUGUUGUAAUGAUAUAGCUUGGUAUUUAUUGCUAUAGUAUUUACUAACAAGAUAUUCAAUCUUAUUAGCAAUUCUGAGGUAGGCAUUUAUUAUUCUUGUUUUACAACUGAGAAAACUGAAAUAAAUCUGAACUCAAAUCUGUUUCAAUUCAAAGCUAAAGUUGCUUCUACUUUAUUGUUGCCACUGUUUGCAUUUUAUUUACAAAAAAUACGAAACUUUUACAAACAUGGGAAUCUACUGUUUAAAUAUGUUAAAUUUUGGCUUACUGUACAGCUAAUAUGUCAAUUGUAAAUAUUUAUAUAUAACCUUCAGUUACAAUUGUCUUUUCAGUAUCUUUCUCUAGUACAAAUAAGUGAAAACAAAAUGCUUUAACCUCUGAAGUCAAAAUCACUCAAUAAAUCCAUUGUUAUCAUUACUUAAUGUUGCUUUUAUGUUUGCUGGAUGUAAAUUACCAAAGCAUACAUCAUUUUUCAUGUUUAAAUUUUAUAAAAACUCUUGUAUAUGGAUUUACGUCUAAGCCCUGACAUUAACCGUCUGAUGACAUGAGAUAAGUCUGUUCUCUGUAAUCAUAAUCAGCCGUGCUAAGUACUUCUUACAGAUCUACCCAGUGUGCUCUGAGAAUCUCUGCCUAAUGAUAAAUGAUUGCCUGAGGCACAUAUAAGUGUUUUUUUUCCUAGACGAGUGCAUUGUGCCAUUUUAUAUACUAAUAUAAACCUCUCAUCUAUCUUUGCAUCAUUCCUUUUUUCUUUUUAAUUUUCUACCUUACCUGUAAAACUGUUUUAUUAUUUCUCCUCAAGUGUGUGUUUAUCUCUUUGUUUUUAAAUAUUACAGCUUUCUAACAUCUGUCUCUAGGGCAGCAUAAUCUUACUGAUGAAAUAUUCCAUGUUUUCCGUGAGCCCUUGUCAAUAUGUCUUCAUGUUAACAGCUCAGCAGAUGGAGAAACAGAAGGGGCAGCCUCAGCUUACCUGAGUGAUUUCUCUCCAGCACCAGGCAUGUUGACUGUCUCUAGUAACUUGAUGAGAGGAGUUGAAACAAUUGGGAAAUAAGAAAGGAUAUCUGACUUCCGUAGUUUUAUUUCCUGAAACUGCUUUUCUUUGUUACUAGGAGACAACAGAAUAUUAGCCUACCUAUUUGGGCUUUGCCUAUUUAGAUAAAGUAAACAGGAUUAAUAAUAUUACUUGCAACAUACAUUAGCACACUCUCAGGUGGUUUCAGGAUAAUAACCUGUGCCUUAGCAGCAGCAGCAGUGUCUUUUUGUAACACUGGAAUUGUGGGAGCAUCUGGGUCUGCUUUUUGUAAUAGCACUAUUCUUUUUACACACGACAAAUCAUGUUUUUCUCUGAAUGGGCUGCUUGUUUUUCCAUAACCAUAAUCCUAGAAAGACCAAAGAAUGUAGAGCAGCUACCUGUGAAGUUUCAUGAGCAGACAAAUUUCCAAAGAUAUUCAUUUCCAGCCAGCACACAGUUUUCCCUGGUUAAAAGGGAGAAACUUGUGAAUGAAUCUUGUGAGCUACCUAGUUAGACUCUAUGUGGUUUUCCCUUUGGAGGUAAGAAAAAGGCAAGAGAUGAUGUUUUUUUUAAAAUAAAAAGGUUUAUGAAUGAGAGGGAGAAGUGGGGAAUAGUAGAGAAAGUUAGACCAAAGCUGAGAAGCUAUAGAAAGGAUCAAGAAAUAAAUCAAUUUUAUCAAAUGUUUAUGUGUGCCACUAAGUCAUCUCAGAGCUAUGGGGUGAGGCUUGUGUGUCUGCAUGUCUAAUUACACAAUGCUGUUACUGCUGGUCCAGAAAGUAUACUUUGACUAAUAAGGCUCUUAAGGUUCAUCUCUAAGAUUGGCAAUUUAAAACACCUGUGAUGAGCCUUUAGUUUGCUUGAAUUAGACCCUAAAUAAUUCAGAAUCCCAUUCUUAAAUACAUAUUUAUAUAAUCCUAUCUGUCACAAAUUGCAGACAUAUAAUGUGUACAAUAAAAAUGUUUGUGUAUACAAUGUAUGAAAUCUGUUGAUAAUAUUACUUCUUAUAGUAGUA